CGGCGCCAUCAGUGUGGGCUGUGCCGUGGUUGGAAGUUACUGUGCGGCGGCGGCUGAAAAAGCGGCUGUAGUGGCGGCGGCGGCGGCGGCUGAGGAGGCGGUGACGGCGGCGACGGAGGGAACAGAAGAUGGCAGAUUUUUUGAAAGGAUUGCCUGUCUACAACAAAAGCAAUUUUAGUCGCUUUCACGCCAACUCCGUGUGCAAGGCCUCGAACCGGCGCCCCUCAGUCUACCUGCCCACGCGGGAGUACCCGUCCGAGCAAAUCAUCGUGACAGAAAAAACAAAUAUUCUUCUGCGCUACCUACAUCAGCAAUGGGACAAAAAGAAUGCCGCCAAGAAGAGGGACCAGGAGCACGUGGACCUGGAGGGCGAGAGCUCGGCGCCGCCCCGCAAGGUGGCCCGGGGCGACGGGCAGGACAUGCAUGAGGACACAUAGACUGUCACCCCCAGGCGCCUUGUGUCGUGUGUCCGCCGCCCCUGCGCCGGCCCCGCCGUCUCCCACUCCCCAGGAGCCACGUAUUUAUUUUCCUUGAGUUUUUAUUUAUGCUGUAAGACGUACCGAGGGAUGGGUCAAGUGGCCGUCUGGCCCCAUGCUGACAUGUUGGUAGAUGCUUUUUAAACAAACCCCACCACGCUGUCCCCCCACCCGCCCGCCGUCCGCCGCUGUCCCCCCACCCACCCGCCGUCCGCCCCUGCCCCCUGGUUCUCCUCCUUGCAGCCAGAGUGAGGCUGGGGCCCAGGCCGGGCGGCCUGGCCUGUGCGGGCGCCCCAGCAGCUUCUCUGUACCCCCUCUGACCCUCUGGGCCGACCCAGGAGCCUCAGCCUCGGCCUGGAAACUUCCAUGCCCGGACCCCGGUCGAGCGUGCGCGAGGGGCCCGGGCCGGCCCUCCCGGGUUGUCCUCACGUCGUCUGAUCAUGGACUAGCGCGUGCUCCGUGUCCAACCCAAUAAAAGGAUGUUUCCUACCCGA